CUGAACCUCCUGCAAGAUGCUGUAGAAUGCCUGCCGGAUGGCCCGCGAAAUUGAAUAUUUGCACACGUUCUCGUAAGCUCUUGUGGAAAUUCUGGGACUGUUCCGUUGCUGCGAGAGUUAAUUUCUGUGGGAGUCGCCACAGUCAGUUCUGUGCGAAAGAUGCCCCACGGAGCUUGCUCCCAAGGUUCUGUAACCGAGCUGGUUAGUUAGUUAUAUACCUUAGGUUGGAAUUUUUAAGAUCUAGCUAUCAGAAAGACGGAUAUCGCUGUGACGCGGACGUUGGUGUUGUUGACUCCCCAACACGUUUCCAAGCCGAGUCAACUCGAAUGGCGCUCUGAAGGCCUGUCUAUAUUCGAACAAAGAGCACCACCACCAACGUUGUCUAAUUUGAGCUAUUCGUCGGAUCGAUUGAACAUGAAUGACAGUGUGAAACGAGGGCAGGCUGCAAGGGAUUUGACUGGACGUUUCAGUCAGAAUGUCAAAGACAGAAAGGCCAGAAGAUGACAACGACGACGACGACGGCGGCGAUAUAACGGCUCUUUGUGUAUACCCUGGUCAGUUCAUCUGAGCGGAUUUCUAUAGGUCUGAGAUGAACAAGUCACCGUCCUCCUCGCUGCGAUCACAUCCACGGCUUCCACCGAGACCAGUGCGGCAGGCAACAUCCGUCCGUAAGUCAUUAUGAUUUCUGUCGGAGUUAGCUAGACGUAUCGCUCCUAUGAGUCUACCCUGUACUCGUAUUCGUGGCGGAGAAUAAAUGGGGGGUGAUAAGGUCUAGUCGUUGCUGGUCAACCCGUGCCGCGGUCUUGAUUGAGUGAUGCAAGAACGAACUAGAGAAAUCUCGCCAACGAUAAGCACCUCGUCUUUUAUCCGCCGCCGAGUGACAUCUCCCCUUUCCGUCGACAUCCAUCUAUCUUCAUCCUGGCUUUAGACUUAUCAACUCGUUGUGAUGCGAUAAUCUGACUUCCUUGCAUGUCGAAACAAGGCUGCCAAGGACUAAAAUAUAGCCGAAAGGCCCCAUGUUCGCAGUUCAUUACCUGACAGCCCGCCUUGUCUGCUGCCGUAUCCGCAUUUCCAUCCAUGCAAAGGUUAACUAACUGACAUCUCUGGCCAUCACCAAAGGACCAGUAACCUUUGAACUCUCUUAGUUCUCUAUCUUUAUUUCCUUCCUUACGUUAUCUCCAAUAGCAGCUCCAGACCAUCUCUAGAACUGUCCCCGAUCUCGCAGCCAUCCCCAUGAGUCUACCCGAAGACGAAGUGAAUGCCGAUAACAUAAGCUUUUUGCGUUCGCGCAGACGCCCCUCUCUAGAUUCAUCGCCUGGUCGUGUGCGACAUCGAAGGAGACAGUUGCAGCCUUUGGAGGAUGAGUUGAAUAGUAGUAUGGAUUCUAACGAUCACAGAAGGCCCUCUGUGGCUGUCGGGGUAAGCCGUCGCAUCCCUAUCGUCCGUCGUCGGGAAGCUCUAAAUGGAGCCCCCAACUACGAAACUCGCUCCCGUCCACCAAAUUCUGUUUACACAUGGGCGCCAGGAUCAGAUUAUGAAGAGGACGAAGAUACUAGCGUGGAUCCUCCGAAUCUUAUCCAGGAAUUGUGGGAUGGUAGGUUGCUAAGAGCGAGACAUACGGCGCUGGGAUCUCGGGAUGACAGGCGGGAAGGAUCAGCAACAUCACCCCGUCUAUGGGCUGGAGACCAUAGUGGAGAAUCAAUUCAGCCGUCACGGUAUGGUCGGAGUGAUCUGGCUACUGCUACGUUACUCCAAUCUGUUCGUCGCCACCCGAGGUUUUCCUCCCGAACUCGUACCCUACAGACCUACAUCCUCGAUAGGGAACGAGACGGGCGCGAAUCGGAGGAAAGAGACUGGCAACCUUCCUCUGCGACUUCCACUAUAACUACGAGCUCAACUACUUCCCCGGCACCCCGUUCUUCGGCCGCCAACCGUGGGGAUAUGGCUAGGACUAUUAGCGCCUCGGAACUUCGAGAUAUGUACGGCGAAGAACGGUCGACGGGCGAUCGCCUUGAAGAAACAAUAAAGUAUCUAGAUAGGGUGCGAUUCGCUGAAUCGUACGAUGAGAGCGUACAGGCCGCCACUGCGAGAGAUUUUGUACAAUAUGAAUAUUUGCGCCGCAACGAGGACGACUUUAUCCUUGACACCUCGUCAAUAGGUAGCCCUGCAGAUUCUUCGUGGUUAAAGCCAGGGACAGUAUUUGUGGGUUCACAACAUGCUACGAAUCAUUAUUCUAGUUCGGCGAUGUUUAAUCUGAGACCGAGAUCACACCAAAUCGAUGAUCCCGUCAUUAUCAACGGAACCGAACUCGGUCGCAGCGUAUACACAAGCGCUGGCCGCCGCAGCUAUGGAGCGGAUACUCCGCACGAGAUUGGAAACAGCGGCCCAAUGGAAAUGAACAGCAGCAGUAGGCAUGAACACUGGCCUGUCAAGGUUACGAUACAUAGCGUUGAUUAUAACACGAUGACUCUUUCUGGAACGAUGGAAGCCUAUAACAUUCCUGAUAAAACCUCCAAUAGCCAAGGGGCGCAUAUAUCCACUUUCCUCGAGGGUGAAAUCAUCGACUUCAACACGCACUCGCUGGAGACGAAGAAUUUCAAAGCAAGCGCGGAGAUUGAUGGUUUGUACUGGCGCGAGCUCGAGCCGUUCAAAGCCCUGUCUUACACCGAAACUGCGAGAAACCUUGUGAGCAAGAAAUGGGUGACAGAGCGGCUUGCGAAGGGGUGGAUCUUAAUGCGCUGGAAAGAACGAUGCUUUAUUACCCCGUCACAUUCCCGUCAAGGACUCACAAUAUCCGGCUUCUAUUAUAUCUCCAUUCGUCGCGAGGACGGUCAUAUCGAGGGCAUGUACUAUGACCCUGGCAGUUCACCAUAUCAGCACCUCUCUCUAACUCCACAAAUGAGAGAGAAGAUGGUUUUUCCUGCCUAUGAUUUCCGCUGAGCUACUGUCAUUGAUUGACUGUUUAAUUGAUUCAUCCACUGAUCAAUGUACUUCGAUUAACCGGUUGGAUAAAUACACACACCAGUCUCCUUCUAUAAUUUUGUCCUCUGGCACCAAGCAUUACGCAAAUCCGACCUCCAGUGAACGUUAGCCUUGCGCUUUGAUGAUUGGGUAUAUAAUGUAAUAUAUAUCUCCUAGUUUCGGGUUUGCAUUAGGUUUUAUCUGCUUCACGGUAUCCCGUCCAAUCUCAUGCGGAGUGUACGUGCACGGAUGUCGCUACCAAUAUCAUACCCCGACAGGUCCCCUUAUUUUUAUUUUUAUUUUUUUAUUCCCUCAUCAUUAUCUCAUUGGCGUCGAUGAAUGCUGGAUAUCACAGGGGAUUGGGGAAAGUCAACUUAUACCCUUCCUUUAUUUUGACUGUUUCUUUUCCCAUCUGUGUCUAUCUUUUGAAAUUUAUACCAUUAUGCGUCCAGCGCCACUCAAACUUAUGCAGUCACUAUACAGCUACGUCUCCUGUUAUGUCCUGUUUGUUCUUUUCCGCUUUGUUUCUAUCUAAUGUGAAGAACUGGGGGAGAGGGAGAUUUCCCUCCUUUUUCUAGCCAUUGACGCCAUAGACGCCGCUACACCCCACUGCAUUUCAUUUGCUGAGAGCGGCAUUCAUCAUUAUCUCUAUUAUGUUAUGUGUAUUCGUGCACCUGUUCAUAAAUGGCAUUUGGUAUGCGAGAUCGAUAUCUUUUAAGCCAGGAUAUCGAUCACAUUGGCCCAAUUUUGCCUUUGAAAUAACUGAACGCAUGAAUGAAAGUGGUCCAAUAUUUCUUUCAAAUGGUGCCAUCUUCUUACUCAAUACUAAGAUAGUAAGUUGUUACCAUCUUAAUCCAAGUGGACUAGAAUGAACCAGGGGCGAAUAUUUAGAUAGACCAAGUAAUGUGUCAUGCGAGUUAAUAUUGAUCGGUACUCUAAAAUGGAGAGCACCUAUGUCCCCAAAAGUCCUGUCUAAUUUCGCCUCAAUUACAAGUUGAGCAUGGUCCUAGCUCUUAAAUCAAGCCAGAAGUUUCGUCCUUUCAUUAAUCAUAGAUAUUUGUCCACCACCAAGCACGUCCAUAACUCGCACAUAUACAUGGCUUCUUAAAUUUGUUUUUCUAUUCCAUUAACCUCCUAUCCACCCAGUUAUUUACCUCGGGUGUGUGGUUGAGUGGUCUAUUGUUCGGUCUGGAAGUAGUUGAGGAGGACGGAGCGCUCCUGGGACUCUUCACCCCAGUCGCGGAGGACAACGCAAGAACAGUUAACGACCUUGCGAGGAUUGCCUUCGCGGUCAAGAACGCCUGUUUAAAGUGAAAAACAUUUAAAUUAGCGCUCCCCAAGCUCACCAAACAGAAUUCUCCCAAAACCAACAAUCAGGAACAAGGGGGAAGAAAAAAAAAAACAUACAAAGUCCAACCCACUCGCCCAACAUCUUUCCAUCAGGAACCUUGAUGAGCGGAAUCUUAUGCUCCUGGCAGAGUGCAAUGACGAGCUUCUUGUAAGCGUCUUCCUCGCAGCCCUCGUUGAGCACGCACAUGUGCGCCUGGCGGCGGUCGAGCGCCUUGGAGGCUUCGCGCAAGCCACGGGCAAGACCGUCGUGGAUCAGAGCGAUCUUGAGAACACCC